GCCCGGCAGUUUAAAUGGCGGGGCGGACCCCACACCUGGGCUGUGAUCACCGGCUGCACCGAAGGCAUUGGUCUGGCCUACGCCGAGCAACUGGCAGCCAAAGGUUAUAAUCUACUGCUUAUAAGUCGCAAUGAUGAAAAACUGCAAAAAGUUAAGUCAGACAUCGAGGUAAAAAACAAGUCCGCACGAAAAGUACGUACACUUGCCAUAGACUUCUUCGACACUUCCGACGAGACGUACGACAAGAUUGACCACAUGUUGGACACGUUGGACGAAAUACACGUUUUGGUCAACAACGUCGGCACCAAUUAUCCCAACGAAAAGCCCGAAUACAUGACCAAAAUACCGGGGCUGACACAUGUGAUCAUGAGUUUGAUCAAUGUCAACAUUGUCUCGUGCACACGACUCACAGCCCUAGUGUUGCCACGUAUGGAGCGCAGGGGUCGGGGCGUUAUCAUUAACCUGUCCUCAUUCUCGGCCCUAUACCCGGUGCCCCUCCUAUCCCUAUACUCGGCCACCAAAGUAUACGUAGACUACAUGUCGCGGGCCCUGCAAGAGGAGUAUCGGUCCAGUGGUAUUAUUAUACAGUCGGUGAUGCCUUUCUAUGUGUCCACACGCAUGACCUAUCAUAUGGAGCCCCGCUUUUAUGCGCCCACACCUCACGUGUUUGUAAAACAGGCGCUCCGGACAGUGGGUCAGGAGGACAGGACGGGUGGCUUUUUUAUUCACCGGGUGUGGAGUUUGUUGUGGUUUUGGUCGGCCGUGUUUUCACGCUUUAUCGGCAUUGAUAUACACAUUAAGAUGACAUAUCAUAGGCUUAAGAAUAUCAGGGCUAGAAUUAUGGAGAAAGUUAUCGAGGAGGAGAGCGGCACCGGUGGUGGUGCCGGUAGUGCUGUCCCACUCACUAAC